CUGGGCAGUGAUGGCGGACGAUGGGGAUGGGAAGCUAAGGACUGAGCAAGGAGGAGGAGGAGGAGGAGGUGGUAGCGGCAGCCCGGAGGAGACGGAAGCUGCCGCCACAGCCGGCGGCUGGCUCGGGGGAGGCGGCAUGCUGUUGAACGUGACGCUGUUGGCGCUCGUCGUAUUGGCGGCCUAUCAGCUCUAUAGGCGCUGGAGCAAGCGGAGCGAAGCGGGGGGCGCGGCGCAGCAGAGCCAGGCCUCUUCCUUGCCCCGUAUGAAGCGGGGGGACUUCACGCUGGAGCAGCUGCGCGAGUAUGACGGCUCGCGCACGCCGCGCAUCCUCCUGGCCGUCAACGGCAAAGUCUUCGACGUGACCAAAGGCAGCAAGUUCUACGGGCCCGAGGGUCCUUAUGGAAUAUUUGCUGGCAGAGAUGCCUCAAGGGGACUAGCAACUUUCCGUCUAGAUAAAGAUGCACUCAGAGAUGAAUAUGAUGACCUGUCUGAUUUAAAUGCUGUACAAAUGGAGAGUGUUAGAGAGUGGGAAAUGCAAUUUAAAGAAAAGUAUGACUAUGUUGGUAGACUCCUAAAACCAGGAGAGGAACCAUCAGAAUAUACGGAUGAAGAAGAUACCAAGGAUCACACUAAACAGGAUUGAACUUUAUAAAUCACCAAAGUCAUGGGCCUUCAAAACUGCAAUCUUAUUUCCCAUCACAGAAUGCCACAUCUUCGGGCACAGUUCAUCUGCUGCGGCAAACAAGUUUUGUACAAGAACAUCAUCAUCCUCUAUCAAUGAAGAUUUGAUUAGGCAUUCUUGUGCUGCCAAACUUUUUUUUGUUGCAGUUUAAUGUCUGGAAAGGCUUCGUUAUGAAGAGGGGCCAGGGAUUUAAAAUGGAAAAGCUGUUCCUUGUAGCCUGUUGAAGCCUUAGAACUGUUUAUUUACAAACGUCAGUGUUUCAUGUCAUUUCUACUCCUUCGGCGCUACAAUGGAAAGCCUCACUGUUUCAAGGAAUUCUAGUAAAUUUGGCAUCUGAAACAUUAACACACAAAAAAUGGGAAUAUUCAAACUAGUCUGUGGGGCAUCGAUAUCCAUGGCUGAAAACUAUUUUAAGAUCUCUACAGAUUACAGGGUUUCAAUAUAUUCCCCUGAAGGACAGAGGAAAGCUUAACUUUUCUGCAGAAGCUAUAAUUUGAAACCUGCCUUCUAUGCUUUUCCUUUCCCCUCAAUCAAAUCGGAAUAAUUGUGCCUUAUUUCACUUAAGACUUGAAUUGUUUUAAGGGAAAGCCCCAUAUGUGACAUGAGUCACUAAAAGCAGCAUUGAGGACUGAAGUUAGAACACUUGCUUGACUGGAAAACAUUGUCAUUCUGUAUAUAAAAUGUAAAGGAAUACUCAGUGUUACUGCCAUAUAUAUAAUUAGCAUUGUAAUAGCCAAACGCAUUUCCCUAUUUGCUUUUUAAAUAAGCCCACCCCCCAGGGAGCUCCCUAAAUUUGGAGCCUCAACCCAUGUCUUAGAAGUGAGAAGUGUGCAUGGGAUGUGGGUAUGUCUGUGGAUGCUUGAGUGCAAGAUUUGGAAAGGAUAAUUCCUACAGAUAUUGUAAAUAUGAAUACCAUUUUAAUAAAGCAUGUAAAAACCAAAUGUGCUGUCAGACUUUAUGUAGAAGCUGUUAAGCUCAUGUAGGGGUAGCCAGGUCUUACAUGUAUGGAAAAAAGGAAGAAGUCUUGAAUAUGAAAUAUUUUUGCACUGUUAUUAAAUAAAGCUUUACCCAUUUUUUUCUUCAGUUACCACAUUUAAUCCUGACUAGAAAUGUAUCUGAAUAAGUUUGAACAAAUUUUUGAGUGCAAAACCAGCUGCAAGUAGGGAUGAGGCAAAAGGGUUAAGUGUACAACAGUAGAGAGCGCAUCUUCAAAUAUUCUGGUUUCAGUUUUAACUGAACUUAUCACUGUUUUCUUAGUAUGUUAACCACACAGCGGCUUAGUGAAUAUAGCAAAUAAACAAUCUCACUCCUUGAAUGCUUCUCACAAACUAGUUGUCAGAACUGCAGUCUAGCAUCAAUAGUGAAAGCUAUGCACAAAGUGUCCUAAGACAGUGUCCUAAGCAUGAAUAAAACCUAACUAGCAGUGAUCUUUAACGUAUCGAAGGUAGCAUUUAAAUGACCAAACACAUCUGGCCCAUGCUCAGGUUGGCUUGUGACUGGAGACUGCUUGUAUGGUGUAUGUUGAAAGAUUUUCUGUAUCUGCUUCCCUACUGUUAGUGUGUGCACAUUUGUCCCUUAUAGUAGGUUGAAAGUCUCCACCCCCCUCAUUCAUAAGCCACAGUUCCAUUU